GGGAUGCAUUUACGCUGGGUGGGGGGGAAUCUCGGGACCGAAAGAUGCGUAGCAGCGGCGCAGCCACCCGUCGCUAGCAGCCAGGAAGUUUCUCACCCCGGAGAGACACGGGGCUGGCGUGUCACGCACCGUGACACCGGCGGGGAGGGCCCUGGCAUCGCUCCUCCCGCGGGCGUGGAGAGGCAUCGUCUCUUGUUCCCUGGCAUGCCCCACCUGGGGCACGGCCGUUCCCAAAGGCUGCUCGCUCAUGCGGAGGGCCGGGGCAGAAGGGCUGGUCCCCCCCGGGCCCGGAGGACGUUGUUCCCGCCGCCCCCUCCCCGAUGUGGGGCAAGUUCCGGCCCGGCCCGAUCCAGAGGAAUGUGGCAUAAGGGAGACUGGCCCUUAGCCCAUCCCCACUGCCUCUGAGCCUUCAUUAAUCGCACCGCCCGGGGCCGCGGCGUACCGCCGAGCUGGCCUGCCGGGCGAUUAGCCCGACGCCCCGGGGUACGGCUCUUCCCGGCGGCGCUGACAGCCAGCCCGGCCCCCGCUGCCCCCGCUCCGGCACCUGCGAGCAGCUCCGCCGGAGGCGAGGACGUGCGCAGGAGUCCGCAGAGAGCCUUUCUUCUCUCCCCUCUCCCCACUAUUAACAGGGCACCGCUCGCAAGACGGUCGCGCCGCACGGAACAAAUGUUCAUUGAUCUCCACCGCGGGGCUGGGGAGGGACGUGGGGCGCCGUGCCGCGCUCCCGGCCCCGCAACUGCGGGGGCGAGGGGGGCACGAACCGGCCAGGGACCCGACCGCAUCCCAGAUGCGAGGGCGUGUGCACAUCCGCGGGGCCGCCUGUAAGGGAAGACGUUCCUCUCCCUGAGGAUGUGCUCCCUGAGGUUCGGGGCUGCCUCCCGGACGAGCAAGGCGAGCGGCGGCCGCGGAAGGUGCGGUCUGUCCCUUCCCGCGAUGCCGGGCCACCCUCAUGCAGAUCGCGCCGUGUCACCUCCCUGAUGGCAACCACCACCCGCCUCUCCAGAAAAGUCGUCAGCCCGGUACCGCCGCUUCCCCCGUUGUCCACGGCAACCGGCGUAUCUGAUUGAACCUCGUUGUAGGCAGUGACACCCGCGUAAUGGAUCAUCCUGUCAGUGCUUUUUUAUCACAGGCAUUUAUUUUGGUCACGGCUGGUGAUAACUUUGGUGUUUAUCCCUUGUGUCGUUACGGGCCCUGCCGCGAUCUCCCUUCCGCCCUCCCUCCCCGGCGGGCGGGCUGGGCUGCUCUGGGACGGCGGCUCCCCCCGCCCGUCCGGGAGCUGCUGCGAGGGGUGCCCCGAUACCCCCCACUACCGCCCUGGGUCUCCGUGGCCUCGGCUGGGGACGGAUCGAUCUGUUUGGUUUGGUUAAGCGCCCUCCCCCGAUCGCCCUGGCCUCUCCGGGGCCGGGUUAUCUUGGGUCACGCUGGCGCGGAGCGCCGGGUGCGGUAAGAGGCUCCGGCGGAGCCCUGGUGCAGGAGGGAGCCGGGGGAAGAAAGUGCCGUUCGCAGUUCUCCAUCCAUCCAGACACUUCAAAAGUAAAUAAAGCAGGGCAGGGAAGGGCCUCCAGGGAGGGGAGAGAAGAGGCCUCUGACAGGCGAUUGUCCAGGGCGGAGCCAGGGCUAUUUCCAGCCGGGAAUAACAACACUUGGACUGCGGUGGCUCCGACCCGCGUGUCCAGGAAAGACCGGAUCGGGGUGUUUGUUUUGCUUUUAAUUAUUAUUUUGACGGCGGGCUGACGCAGCGUAGGCAAACAAUAACCCCAAUCCGUCCGAGAGGGGCACCGGGGAGCAGCGCCGCCCCAGCCGGCAGGGAAAGAACCCAGCGAGGGGGCGGGCGCGGGGCCAGGCCCUGGCUCCGUCCCCGCCCGCCCCUGAGCCGGGAUCAGCCAGAUGAUCCUCCGGCCGGCGGCUGAGUGGCAGCCGCUCCGUGGGUAGCAUUAGGGCUCGGCCACUCCGCGCUCCCGUGACCCCGCCGUGUCUCUCUCCCUCCAUCGCAGCCUCUCCGAAGCCCAGUACCCCAUCAGCUCUCGCUGUGUGAUAUUUAAAAGAAGGGUUGCAUUCUCCCCAAUAGAAGCCCACUCGUUUCCUUGUUGCCAGGAACAAAGCGUACAUUCAGAGGGGUGGCUGUUGACGGCUCCCUCUGUAUAGCACUGGAAAGCGGGUGGCCUUUGGUUACUGGCAAGGAAAAUUCUAAUCAGGGUGCUUGUAAGCGGGGCUUUAUAGAAGCUUAGUUACAAAAGGCUUACACCAGAGUAAUGCAAUAACUAUAAUAACAGCCAGGGAGCCCUAAAGAGGGUGGAAUGUGCUUGUGUCUGGAUGAUUUUCCCCGCUCGCACAGAGAGGGACUGUUUACCGCGAGUGCCAUUAAGUAUCGCUGGAAACUCACCAACCGCAGACUUAUUUCAAUAUACUUUAUUGUUGUAUCUGCUCUAAAAGCAACUUGCUUUGGACGACUUCUAGAUCGUCCUAGAGAAGAGAGGCCGCCCUCGGGUAUUGGAGGAGGCUCUGAGCACAGGGGUAGUGUCAAGGGUGAGGGAGCUGCGAGCCGGGGCCCGGCCGGGUGGGGCUGGCCGGAGCGCGUCCCGGCGGGCAGUGCCGCCGCCGAACAAAGUGGCGAGCAGAAAAGGCCCCCUGAGCCCUGCGGCACAAAGCUGUCGGGCUCCUGCCCCCGGAGGAGGUGGGUACGCAGCAACGACUCCUCCGCGGGCCUCCUCGGCUGUCUCGGCCGAUAAGGGCGUGGGGACCCCGAGGGACACGGGGGGAAGGAGGGGAGGAACCCAGCAUCGCCCUCCCGCCACUCCGUUCGGCGCCCCGGGGCGCGCCCUGGCAGCGGUGACCCCGCUGUUCCGGCUCAGCCGCUCCGGCUUGACGAGGCUAAUGGGAUCAGCCGCUGCCCUCCGCCACCGCUGCCGCGUGUUGAUUUUUCCAACCUCUCCGCCCAGCCCCGAUGCCCGCCGUCCCCUAGCCAGACCCAGCUACUGCUUGGCCGCCGGCGAGGGGCCGCGGCUCCGGAGGGCAGGAAAUGGCUUGGCCGGGGAGCCGGGGCGGUCACUCCGCCCCGCCGCGAUCCCGGCGUACGGCGGCGGCCGGAGCGGGCUGCGCCGGGAGGCGCCCCGGGGACCGCGGUGGCCCCCGGAGGGACGCGGGAAGCGGGCAGAGCUCCACCACCACCCCCCCCCCAUUACCAGCCUCCCCCGGCACCCCCGAGCAGACUUUGCAGCGCUUUAUUUUAGCGAAAAAACAGAGCGCGGCGAGCAAACUGCUGCUCCGCGCAGGGCAAGAGAAAUGGGUUUUUAAUAGGCAAGGUCGGCGUGCUUGGCAGCCGGCCACCGCGGCCGGGGAAAUAAACAAACAGAGGAGCUGCAACUUCAGGUCGGAGCAGAAGUUGCGCUCCCGGCGAGAUGAGCCCGCGGCACGGCCCGCGGGGCGAGCGAGCAGCCCCGUACGGAGCGGCCGCGGAGAGCAUCUCCGGCCCCCUGACCCCUCACCUCGCCCCCCGCGGCCCCGGGACAGCAGCGGGGCCGGGGCAAGCAACCCCCUGCGCUGCCAGGAGCAGUGCCGGCGGGCUGGCAGCGGGCGGAGGGCAGAUGGCCACCCUUGUUUAUCGCGUUCCGGCGCUGCUGCACGCCUAACCGCUGCUGUGCGGCACGGCCGGCCCCGGGGAGGCAGGAAGGGAGAGGUGGAGGCAGCGGGAGAGGAGCCUUCCGAUCGCGAAGCGGCAAGACGGCGUCUGCCGGAGGGUUUGCAGGCAUGCCCGGGGGUUCCCGCUGCCUCCACCGCCGGGGCUCGGCCGUGUCGGCCCCGCUGGCCGCACCGCGGGGGCGCCGCGCUCCCGCUCUCGGCGCGUUCCGGGCUCGGUGCCGAGCACUCGCGGCUGCCGCGCAUCAGCCUCCCCGCUGCCUCCCGCCGCCGCCUCGCUCACUCCCGGCUCUGCAGGCGGCAGGGCAGAGCUAUCCCGCAGCUUCUCCAGUGGCACUGACCCCCGACUGGCCUUCACGUCUUUCCCCAGGAACGAGCCCGGGCAGGGAGUGGGGAGGGAGGGGCGGGGGUCCGCUCCUCCGAUCGCUCUUCCCAAGCCUUUCUGCAGCUCGGCCGCCGCAGGCACACACGGGGGGAGAGGCGGUCCCUGCCUGAGCAGGGCUUGUGCAGCCCCUCUGCUCGCGGAGGGCUCGGAGGGGACAUCAUUUUGCAUCCAGCUGCUAACAGGGCCAGAAAAGCCUCAACGCUCUCGGGGUGAGGGAGGGACCCUGCCUGCCCUCAGCAGGGGAGGACGAAAGCAGCUGUGUCAGGAGAGCAGGGAGCGAAGUCCAAGCCUGGGGAAGCUGGACGAGAGCUCGAGAAGAGGCCGGCAACACUCGCCCCAGCGGUCACAGACCUUUCUUUCCCGGCUUGGAGGUGGCAGGAGACGACCUCUUGCCGCUGCCAUGGUUCCCACCGUAGCACGGCCCGAGCUGGGGCCUCGCUACGCCGGGAGGAAGAACGGGAGCGAGCCGCGCCCCUCGAGUUCCCACGGAGCCACGGCCUGGGCUCCCAGGGGUGCUACAAGGCCACCGUCAUCUCUCAGCCACAUCAUGGCAGAGGGGAGAAUCCCCCCCGGUCCCGUCACCCCACGCCACUCCUGGCAGCUGGAGGAACGGGGGCUGCGACCGGGACGGGCACCGGGCAGGGCGGCGGCCGCUGCCAGCGGCGCUCCCGCUCCGCACCGCCCGGGCAGCCGCCAGCUUUUUGGCAGAUCGCUCCGCAGACGGCUCCCAAGGACUCCUGCAAGGGCUGACACGGGUCACGGGGAACAGCUGAAUAGUGCGAUAGGCCGGGCUAAAGCGCGACAGAUUCGAGCCAGGGAGAGCGGGGACCGGCCAGGAUGGAGGAAAGGGAGAGGUGCAAAGGCCCGGGGGAUCGGGGGCGACAGGCAAAGCCACCAUCCCUCAAAAUGCCGAGCUGGCAGCAAGCCGAGGAACUGGGGAGCUCUGCAGUCCCGACAGCCAGGGAAAGGGAACAUGAAGAAGCAGCAUGAAUGGGGUAAAGACUGUUUCUUACAGACCUGGAGUGACCUAUCGUUUAAAAUAUCUGGCUUCCCCUUCUAGUGCCAGGGUGUACCUGCAGGGUAGUCUCUGCCUUUCUGUCUCUCGUCCCAUUAUUCCACUACAGUCGAAUCCUUCUGUUGUGACCUACAGCAGCGCUCUGAUUUAUUUUUAAUGCGUUCCGAUUCCUGUUCCGUUGUCAAGAGAUGCAUUGAGAUUCAUUUUCCAUCCCCAGUUUUUCAUACUUCUGUUCUGCUGGAGGGACCCGCCAAUAGAGUUUAAUUCGAUUUGAUAUGAUUUAAUGAACACCUUUAUCUUUUGUUUUUAGCAGAAGGAUAAAUAAUACAACUGCAUUCAGCUUUUGCUAAAUCAGACAUGUUUCCCACCAAAAUCCUAUCUGGUGACACACACUCACUGUAACAUUUC